AUGGUCGUGCUGGGUCUGCUCCAGAUAGCCUUCAGCACAGCGUGCAUCGUCUGCGGGUUCAUAGAUGGCAUUUUCAGAACAGAGUCUCAGCUGGGCAAAACCAGAGCUCCAAUUUGGGCUGGGAUGGUGAUGGGAGUCCCAGGCGUCCUGGCUUUGUUUUCCUCUCAGAGGAAGAAUCCCGUUCUUGUGAAUGUGCUGAUAGGUGCUUCCAUAAUCUCUUGUGUUGCCAUCCUCAUUGUGGUAGUUUAUAGCUCGCUGACACUGAACUAUGGUGAAGAGGAAGAGCUGAAUUCAGCCCCUAUCCAUGUUAUCCAUACAAAGUUUGUACUUAAUAAAGUGGUCAAGGGUGCCAACGUCACCAUGUUAUCUGCAUCCCUCUGCAGUGCUUUUGUGGUGCUGGCAAUGGCUUAUUUGGGAUGCCGCAGUCUUCCUCGCUGCUCGUGCUACGACAGCGUCACUGGGAUGGAGUGGUUGCAACCUAGUGAGGACCAAAAUCAGGCUGUGGAGAUGGUUUGCGCUGUACAAAGUCCUGGGGACAGAUUUUUUAACUUGCCAGAUCGGUUUCCAGCCCGGGACUUAACCGCAGAGGAAGACGCAUCCAAACCUCCACCUUAUGUCAGAAUGGCUUGA